UACUAUGUUCCCUACGAUAAUCUAAAAGAAGUCGCUAACUGGCUAAUCGCUGUGCUUCAGACCUCAGUGCCUCUGAGCUCCAGCGGUCCAGCCUCCAGUCUCUCUCCACGCGCGCAUCUCGCGGCUGCGCCUCCACUCUCCUCCAGUUUCCUCUGAGUUCUGGCAUCGUCGCAUCGACCAUUGUCGGCUGACUCGGCUCGUCGCUCUUCACUCUUCAGAUACGCUGCGGCUGCGCGACCCGGCGACACCUCACCUCAGUCCUCUGUCGCUCUCCAGUCUCUCUCUCCACGCAAUCGUCGCCGUCGGCCGUCGCUUUUCAGUCUCUCGGCUCUCCACGCAUCGUCGGCGACUUGGCUUCGCUCUCCAGUCUCCACACAUCGUCGGCUCGUCACUCUUCAGAUACGCGCGGCCGCGUGACUCCUCUGUCCUCUACGUCCUCUCAAAUCUGACGUCGCGCUUCCACAGUUCCACUCCGUCUACCAGUCUCCGGGACCAAGAGCUCUCGCGCCUCCUGCCCUCUGGCUCGGUCGUCCAUCGCUGCUGCUGUGUGCUGUUGAGUCAACUGCAGAAGGAAAUUCCUUGUCUUUCUUCUUCUUCUCUAGCCUGAUGAGUGAUUCUCUCUUAUAGGAGCACUAGAAUAAUCCUGCAGAAGUAAGUCAGCAUAGAAAGUUUGUUUCUAACCAGAAGGCUUGGGGGAAGAGAAAAUGAAAGGAUUGUCUCUGUAUCAAAAGAGUUCGUUAGUUUUUUCUAGAAGAGCAUAUACUUUUGUCUCUUCUAGUUCCUACUGUACAGAAAACAACAGUAGCAAUGAUGGGUUCCAAAAUUCUAGGGUUAAGAUCUUCGAUCGCCACCUUAAACGCAAACAGCGCGAUCGAGCAGCAUGGUUGAUGCGCCCAAAUGAUUCUUUUGUGGAUGCUGUUGCUGAUAAUCUACUGGAUAGAUUAGAGGAUUGUAAGAGAACUUUUCCUACAGCAUUAUGUAUGGGGGGUUCUUUGGAAGCUAUAAAACGGUUAUUAUGCGGCCGCGGCUCCAUUGAAAAGCUCAUUAUGAUGGACAUGUCCUAUGACAUGCUUAAAUUGUGUGAGGAUGCAAAGGAAGAUGCAAAUAAAAAUAUUGAAACAUCCUUUAUAGUUGGUGAUGAAGAGUAUCUGCCCAUUAAAGAAAGUUCGCUAGAUUUGGUAAUCAGUUGCUUGGGACUCCACUGGACAAAUGACCUUCCUGGAGCAAUGAUACAGAGUAGAUUGGCACUCAAGCCAGAUGGUCUAUUUUUAGCAGCUAUUCUUGGUGGAGAAACCUUGAAGGAGCUAAGAAUUGCAUGCACUGUAGCUCAAAUGGAGCGUGAAGGAGGCAUCAGUCCCCUAGUUUCACCUUUGGCACAAGUCCGUGAUGCAGGAAAUCUUUUAACUAGGGCAGGCUUCACCCUUCCUGGUGUUGAUGUUGAUGAAUAUGUAGUUAAGUAUAGAAGUGCUCUGGAGUUGAUAGACCAUCUGCGUGCAAUGGGUGAAACUAAUGCUCUUCUGCAAAGGAACACUAUCCUAAAGCGAGAAACAGCCCUAGCAGCUGCUGCAAUCUAUGAUUCAAUGUUUGCAGCAGAAGACGGCACCAUUCCUGCAACAUUCCAGGUUAUCUACAUGACAGGUUGGAGAGAACAUCCUUCACAGCAGAAGGCCAAAAGAAGAGGAUCUGCUACCAUAUCAUUCAAGGACAUCCAGAAUCAAUUCGGCAGUGGUAGCUAAAACCAUCACCUUCAUUCAGUAGCAUUCAGUAUGAAUUUGGAAACCACUUGCUUCUCCCAAUAUCAUUUUCUCAUUUGCGUUCUUUGUUUGAAAAAUUUUAGCUUUUGAUAUUUUGCUAUUACUGAAUGAGAAAUAGAGAUGGGUUGUGUUGAGGAGCAAAAAAAAAGGAGAAAGAAAGGCUCACCGAAAUUGAUUCAUAUGCUGCAAUUCUGCUCAAGUCAUUUUGAAAUACUAAUUUAAUAAUGAUGGUAAAUUUUGUAGUCAA